AUGAAACGUAAUCGUUUUGUUUCAUCAUCACGUCGUAAAGCUCGUAAGCGUUAUUUUACUGCACCAUCACAUAUUCGUCGUCAAUUGAUGAGCGCACCAUUAAAUAAAGAAUUACGACGACGUUAUAAUGUUCGUAGUUUACCUAUUCGAAAAGAUGAUGAAGUAGCAAUUACACGUGGUCAUUUUAAAGGUCAACCAUCAGGUAAAGUCACACAAGUUUAUCGUAAAAAAUUUGUUGUUCAUAUUGAACGAAUUACACGUGAAAAAGCUAAUGGUAAUACAGUUCAUAUUGGUAUUCAUCCAUCAAAGGUUCAAAUUACCAAAUUGAAAUUAGAUCAUGGUCGAAAACGUAUCUUAGAUCGUCGUUCAAAAUCGAAAUUAUCUGGAAAAGGCAAACAUACUGAAGAAAGUAUUCAAACAUCAACAACUACACCUAUGGAAGCAUCAUCAUAA